AUGGAGUGGGGGAAGUGGAUGGCGACGACGUCGUUUAUGAUACUGCAGUUUGCAUCGUUUAUGGUGUUUGUUUGGGGAGAUAGAAGGUUUACUAAGGUCGAAAACACACCGAAAUUCGAAGGCAGUUUUCUCGGCAAAGCCACGAAUUUCUUAUGGCAACCGGAGGAAUCAGGUUAUCAACACGUUUGGCCUGACAUAGAAUUUGGGUGGCGAAUUAUUUUGGGGACGCUAAUGGGUUUGUUUGGAGCAGCAUUUGGAAGUGUUGGAGGUGUCGGCGGUGGCGGCAUAUUCGUUCCCAUGCUCAGUCUCGUUAUUGGCUUCGAUCCGAAAUCCUCCACUGCUCUGUCCAAAUGUAUGAUCAUGGGUGCAGCUUUGUCAACUGUUUACUAUAAUCUUAAUCUAAGGCACCCCACUUUGGAUUUGCCCAUCAUUGACUAUGAUCUGGUACUGCUCAUUCAACCAAUGGUCUUGCUUGGCAUUAGCAUAGGAGUGGUCUUCAAUGUGGUAGUUCCUGAUUGGAUGGUUACAUUGGUGCUUCUUGUUCUAUGUUUAGGAACAUCCGUCAAGGAAUUCUUUAAAGGCGUUGAAACAUGGAAAAAGGAAACCAUAAAGGAGGAGGAACAUGCUAGGAAACAAGAUUCAAGUGGUGUUGGGGCUGAAGUAGAAUACAGACCAAUUCCUAGUGGACCAGACACUGACAUUGCAAAGGACACCAAAAAAGAGAACCAGACAACCAAAUGUUCAGCAAUAUAUUGGGUACUGAACUUGUUGCAGAUUCCAGUUUCAAUUGGGGUAGCUGGAUAUGAGGCAAUUUCUUUGUAUAAAGGAAAGAGAGCAUUUUCUUCUGUGGGAGAUCAAGGCAAAAGUUUUACUAUUAAGAAGCUAUCUCUGUAUUGUACCUGUGGAGUAUUGGCUGGAACAGUAGGUGGCUUUCUAGGAAUAGGUGGAGGAUUCGUUAUGGGGCCACUCUUUUUGGAGCUGGGAAUCCCACCUCAGGUUGCAAGUGCUACAGCCACCUUUGGGAUGGUCUUUUCAUCAUCAAUGUCUGUGGUAGAAUACUACCUACUGAAACGUUUUCCAGUUCCUUAUGCUUUAUACUUUAUUGUGGUGGCUGCUUUUUCGGCCAUUGUAGGCCAACACAUUAUGAAGAAGUUGAUAGAUCUAUAUGGAAGAGCUUCUCUUAUCAUCUUUGUUCUAGCCUUCACAAUAUUUGUUAGUGCUCUCUCACUAGGUGGAGUUGGCUUGCUAGAAAUGGUCAAAAAGAUUCAAAAUAACGAGUAUAUGGGAUUUGAUGACCUCUGCAAGUAA